GGGCCACCUCGGUGUAGAGCCAUAUGGUACUCGAAUUAUUUCAGCUGCCAUGUAAACAAUUAGAUAAACAGGCUACAAAGAGGCUUAACCCACUACUGGCACACGUUGCUACUGUUUUUAACGGCCCGUUUGAUUGGUGGAAACAAAAUGCGGCAAUAUUGAAAUGAAUCUAAUCUAAUCUAAUGUUAUAAAAAUGGAAAACACAACAGUCUCAAUGUGUGACCCUGUAGCCACAAUCUUUCGAGAUCUGAGCUAAUCUUUUAAUCUCCUAUCACCAGGUUAACUCAGGCCAUUACAGCACUCAUGCAAACGGUCAUCUCAAAUCUGGUUUCUCACACAGUAAUUCGAUUGCAGUGUUUAUUUACACUGAGAGUAAUUACGCAGGGGCUGGCGGAUUUUGGGGAGAGACAAUGCUGCAAUGGGUCUUACAUAAAACAUUUCCAGAGCAAACUCUUCUCAUGUUUUCUUCUGAUUUCUAGAGGAAAAGUGUCGAGGCUUUUACACACUCCCCCCAGGAUCUGAAAAAGCAAUGCUUUGGCUGUCGCUGUCAAUGGAGCUCGUGAAUAUCGGUCUGCUGUUAAUCAGCUGCAUACUGCUGUCCGUGCAGCUGUGUAUCAGGGCCUGGUUUCCCUCUACGCAGCACUGGGGCCAGCUGCUCAAUGCUUUUGCAGCUGUCUUCACAGUCCUGGGAGGUCUGCUUGGGAUGGUCGGUCACAUGAUGUUCAUGCAGGUGUUUCAGACCACUGCCUCAAUGGGACCAGAAGACUUCAAGCCACAUAGUUACGGGUACUCCUGGGCAUUCUAUGUGGCCUGGCUUGGCUUCACCAUCUGCAUGGCUGCAGGUGUCUCCACCCUGAACAACUAUACCAAAAAGGUCCUGAUGGUGGGUCCCAGGCGUGCCUCCGACCUCAACCCCUGCAGCUUUAACUUUAUGGGACUCCUGCCACCUGCUCCUUACUACACACCACCAAAUCCUGCCUCCAACCUCACCUGUCCCCUGUCUCCUCCUCGGAUCUCCCACUUGUCUCCCUACUAUGCCCCCCCUUCGGAAACAUUGCCGCCCUCCGCCCCCACCCCAAGGCUCACGCACUCCCAUUCACUUCCUAUCUCGAUUUCUAACUCCUUCCCUCCUCCCCCCUCUCACCCUGCACCUGGAUCACCUUUUCACCGUCUGUCCCUGCCCUCACCAUCUCCCUCACCUACACCACCCGUCUCUUACCACACGACCCUCCCAAGACACCAGGAGAGUCAUUACGAGCAGGAAGAGGACUACAGCCCCCUCUGAGGACCUACACCUCUCUUAGAAAUGCUGUGUGCUGGGAAUAUUAAACUUUAUAGAACAUGGUCCCAAAUUCCCUCCAUUUCUCAGUUUGAGGUCCUGCACCCAUAGGUAGGUAACAAUCACAUUUACACAAUGUUAGAAAACACAAGUUCUGUACUGACAAAAUAUGUAAUAUUAACUUUUUCUGCUUGUUGUAAAUAAAUUUAAACACAGUUUUGCAUUCUCCUGUUUGUUGUGGAGGAAUUUUGGCCCACUUCUUUAUAACGUCUGUGAGCACAUGGGGAUAAUUUUGUGUUAAUACACAGAGGCAGUUAAAGAUAUACUUCGUUUUUCCUCUCUCUUUACUUCCUUCUAAACCCAUUCAUGUUACUAAUGGACGUCAUCUGUUGUGAGAUGUUGCCGUGUUUCUUCAUAAGUGUGUGAAUGUGAGAGUGAAUGAAUAGUGGAAUUGUAAAGCGCUUUGGGUGCCUAGAAAACCGCUAUA